GCAUUAAACUGGCCUAGAGUUAAACCUGGAGAGUUAGAACUGUAAUCAACCACAGCGCCAAGAUUGUCACUCAAAAAGUAGCAAGAAAUGACGUGUCACUUGAAACUCAAAAAAAAACAUGGCAAUUAAUUGUCAUUUUGACCCUUUGUAAACCAAAGAUUUAUUCGUUUUGUAAAUCUUUUGUAGUAGAAAGAACUGCGUAAGAAAUAAAAUAGUCAAGGCAGUUCAGCUCAAAACUGAGAAACAACAUACAGUACAAACCCAAAAAAAUCUACAUAAUUGCCAUAUGACUCAAUAAAAAUUGAUGCACUUUUAGGAAAAGAAAUUCCUGACACUACUUUAUUUGAUAAUAAAAAAACAUUUGAAUUAUCUUCAACUGCCUGUAAGAGAAACAUUAUUCUAUUUAUUCCAGGCAGUUGAAAGCCACGAUAGAAAUCUGCCGAGUAUUAAAAAAAAUAUAUAAAUUACCUUCCACUGCCUGUAAGUAAGUUAAAAUUACUUAGAUCACUACUAUCAAAAUAAAUCAGAAAGAGAAUUGGUAAAAGAGACUUCACAAUCCAAGUGAGAGUGUUUCUCUUUAGGUCUCAAAAUCCGAACUUUUUAAAUAGGACCCGGUGCCGACAAUAUAUUCUACUCUUCAUUAAACUAGAAGAAUAUUUUAGAUGCUAUAUAGAAUUCGCGGAGAUGUGGCAGAGAAGAUGACUUUCACGAGGUCAACGUUUUCAGAAGAAACGCGUUAAUUUGACCAAUUUUACGGGUGGGAAUUAAAUUUAAAAAAAAACAAAACAAGAGAAACAUCUGGAUUAGAAGUAGUAUAAAUUAAAGAGAAAAGAGGCAGGUUUAACUCAGAAGAUUUUUCAAAUAAAAAUGCCCAACCUCAGACCACUAAAGUCCUUCGUGAAACGUCGCAUCCCGAUUCUACAAUGGGCCCCCCAAUACAACACAAAGAAACUCUUAAGCGACUGUAUCGCGGGAUUCACCGUGGGGCUCACCGUUAUGCCCCAGGCGUUGGCUUAUGCCACUUUAGGUGGACUCGAACCGCAAUAUGGGCUAUAUUCGGCCUUCGCAGGUUGUUUUAUAUACGCCAUCUUCGGGAGCAUAAAGGAUAUUACUAUAGGGCCGACCGCCCUUAUGGCCCUGAUGACUUACCAGCAAGUGAUGAAUAGGAAUACGGAUUACGCCAUUUUGUUGUGCUUUUUAUCGGGCGUGGUGCAACUGAUUAUGUCGAUUUUGCACUUAGGUGUUCUGGUGGAUUUCAUUUCUAUACCAGUAACGGUCGGUUUCACGUCCGCAACGUCCGUGAUCAUCGGCAGCUCGCAGUUUGCCAGUUUGCUGGGCCUCAAGAUAUCCGCCAACGGAUUCUUCGACACCAUGACCAAACUCUUUCAAAACAUUCAUCUCACUAAAAUGGCGGAUUUCGGACUGGGCAUCGGAUGUAUUGUAUCAUUGUUGUUAUUAAGAAAACUAAAAGACCUAAAAGUCCACAAGGCGGGCACAAAACCGACAAAAUCCCAAAAAUCCAUCAACUACACCCUGUGGCUGAUCUCGACCUCGAGAAAUGCCAUUGUGGUGAUCCUGUGCAGCACCGUCGCUUACCUCUACGAGACCCAAGGGACCGGAUCCCCGUUUCGGCUAACCGGAACCGUGAAAUCCGGACUUCCGGAGUUCAAAGUGCCACCAUUUAGCACCGUAUUGAAUAACACCACUAAAACAUUUCCGGAUAUGCUGGCGGAUUUGGGCAGUUCGGUGUUUCUGGUGCCGGUCAUCGCUGUACUUGGAAACGUUGCCAUCGCAAAAGCAUUCGCUAGCGGAGAAAUCAUUGACGCCACUCAAGAGCUCUUAACGUUAUCGUUCUGCAACAUUAUCGGCUCGUUCUUCUCCUCUAUGCCGAUUACCGGCUCGUUUUCCAGAUCGGCCGUUAAUCACGCCAGUGGGGUGCAAACGUGCUUCGGGGGUGUCAUUACAGGAAUAAUGGUACUCCUGGCCCUCAGUUUCCUCACGCCCUACUUCGCCUAUAUCCCGAAAGCCUCCCUGGGGGCGGUCAUAGUCUGCGCCGUCAUUUUCAUGAUCGAAUACGAGGUGGUGAAACCGAUGUGGCGCUCCAGCAAGAAGGAUCUCUUAUCCGCCUUCGCCACCUUCGUUUUUUGCCUCAUCAUUGGCGUAGAGUACGGCAUUUUGGUCGGGGUGAGCAUCAACAUCAUGUUCCUGUUAUACCCCAGUGCCCGGCCGGGAGUACAUGUGGAAAAAUGCUGCACGUCGAGCGGAAAAGAGUAUAUCCUGAUAACGCCCGGUAACGCCCUGUACUUCCCGGCGGUUGAUUUUAUUAAGACCAGCGUUGCCAGAGCGGGGGUUUUAUCGCGCCAUCUGCCAGUAGUUAUCGACUGUCAGUUUAUUUUAGGGGCUGAUUUUACGGCUGCCAAAGGGAUUUCCGCCCUCAUAAGCGAGUUCAGGAUGAGGAAACAGCCCCUGUAUUUCCUAAAUGCCCGGUUAGAAGUGGUUUCGGUGUUCCAAGGCGUAAUGUCCGAUGAUUUUGUUUAUUUUAACUGUAAAACGAAGUUGGAGAAUACUAUAGAAGAAGGUUAUCCACUGUCAGAAGAAGAAGAACAGUUACUAAAAUCAGAUAAUGACAAUUCGGUGUCAAGGACUGUAGAGCUAAAAGAGGUUUCAUGUGAAAACUCUUUAUCUCGCAGAAAACACUCCGUAAAUAACCCUAAUAACAUCACGUAAAUCCAUGGUAUGUCCUGUAAUAAGGACACUCGUAUUAUCAGUAUUUAAUGAUUUCCAAGGCCAAAACCAUAAGAGUAUGGAAAUCAACCAAUUUUAGUUAGUUAUACCAUUCCAUCUCUCUUUAUGUGUCUUUUUUUUUAACUAUUUAUUUUGUACAUAUUUUUUAUUGUUAGUUAUUGGUUCGCAUUAAAAAAAAAACUUUUUUUAAGUAUAAAA